UGCAGAAAAAAAUACUUAAUUCUGGAAAAAAAAUCCACAAAUCUACGAGGAAAUAAUGGGGGUUUUCUUUGUUGUGAUCUUGGAGGAAAAAGGCGAAUUCUUGAGGGUGGCUGCUGUCAAGCGCUUUGCCGGCGAAAAGAUUGAUCACCCUUGCUGCCUCUCUACUCUUGCUCUAAAAAUAUCUACCCCCUUUUCCCAUUCGUUUUAGACUUUGACGCAACCAAUUUUGCUUAGUUUUUCAUCAAGUAACAUUAUAUUGUUGCUUUCUUCGUCUAACCUGCAAUAGAAAUGCGUUCAAUUCAAUAUAUAGCCACGCAAUUUCCUAUUCGUAAACGCGACCUCAUGAUGAACUUUUGGUUGUUGUCACAGUCAACAAAUGUUUCACAAACAAACACACUAUUGACAACUCUUUUUCGUGCGUUAUUAUACGUCUUAUCUCCACCUUAUUUUUUUAAAGCAAAAAUAAUAAUAUAGAAACAUAAUUGACAAUUCUCUAACUUGAUUUAGUGCAAACUUACGCGCUUUAAGGUCCAAGGUUUCAGCAGUUCUUCAGAUGCGUUAAAAAUAUUUCAAGGUAAACCCAAACAUAAUUUAUUUGUGUGGCAAUGGUUGGGAAUGUCCUAUUCGGUAAAUGUGGCAGACAAUGUCAACAUCACUCCUGUACAUCCUUAUUUAUGUGUUUGAUAAAAGAAAUAUUUCUAGAGCUACAUCUCUUGUCUGUUACUCUUGUCAAAAGUUUUAAGAUUAAUGACCCUUGAUUGUAAAUACGCAAGAAGCCAUAUUGUGGAUGUGCUUAUCAGACAAGGCCUGUGAAUUACAUCACCGGUAGUUCUGCAUUUGGAUUGUUGUCGUCUAACAUAAGAGGCCCUCACUUUACCUCUCACGACAAAACAGGACUGUCCGAACACAUGGCAAACGGGAGCUUUUUUUAUCAUUUCGUCCAUGUUACUAUAAGAACUGGAUUAUAAUAUCCUGUUGUAUUUUUUUUAUCAAUUCAGACAAAUAUUGCUUUCUUUUGCCACCAGGCCCCGAAUUGCGAUUGGCUGAGAUGAGUCAUGUGACCAGGAAUUGGCUGCAAUUUCGCCCAUAGUCUUCAGUUUAGUAGACCCUGGUCCCCAUACGCUAGUAAUAUCACCAAUAUACACAAUUAUUAAAGCCCGCAAAUGCCGUCAUAGCAGGAACGCAAAAUAAAUCCUAGCUUUUUGGAUGUUAUUUUUUGCGUAUGUUGGUGUCGCUGGACGCCCUUUUUGCCCAGGCGAAGCGAUGAAUUUUGAAUUUGAGAGGGAGAUUGGGUUCAUCAACAGCCAGCCUUCCCUUGCAGAGUGCCUGACGUCUUUCCCCGCUGUCCUGGAGUCAUUUCAAACUUCAUCAAUCAAGGACUCGACAGCAAUUCCACCUCCUUUCGAGCACACCAUCCCUAGUCUGAGUCCCUGCACAGGCAACCAGGCGCGACCGAGGAGCCAAAAGCGAACUGCCUCCAAUGGCCUCCAGCUCCGGACACAAACAGCACCGCCGACGCAGCACCAGCAAGGCCCGGCCCCGCUGUCGGGUGGUGCACCCCUGGCCCACGAGUUCCCAUGGAUGAAAGAGAAAAAAUCCUCGAAGAAGUGCCCCAAGCCCGGAGCCACUGCUGCAGCAGCAGCAGCCUCCCCUUCUCAGGCAUCCUCCGGCUACACAACCGCGGGACUGGAGUCCCCGACAGAGGCUCAAGGUGGACUGGAUAAUGGUAGCGGUUCACGGAGGCUGAGGACCGCAUACACCAACACGCAGCUACUUGAACUGGAGAAGGAGUUUCACUUUAACAAAUACCUCUGUCGGCCUCGGCGCGUUGAAAUAGCAGCACUUCUGGAUCUAACCGAGCGCCAAGUCAAAGUGUGGUUUCAAAAUCGACGCAUGAAGCACAAACGGCAAACUACGCACCACCGGGACGGGCAAGAAGGCGAGCCCAGCGGUUUCGAGCUCCUGGAGGGAACCGACGCUGCUUCACCGUAUUCGAGCCAAUCUGUGGAAGUAUCUGGUUCUGGCUCUGGUUCGGCCGCAGCCUCCGAGAGUGAGACGUGCCCGACAACUGCCUCCUACACGAACAGUGCGGACAAAAGCCAGCCCACGCCUGAAGAGGGCCAGGCGAACCAGCCGGAGCCUGCAUCUGUUCCUGACACAGCGGUUCACUCCCCCCCGUAUCCAACGCCUACUGCAGAUAACCCCACUACAAUGGCUGAGGGCCGAGCAGCUGGGCCGGAGCAUUCGUUCACAGAGCCGCAGGAUGCCACCUCUCUACCCGAUUUGAAUUUCUUUUCGACGGACUCCUGCCUACAGAUUUCGGACGCUUUAUCGCCGAGUUUGCAGAGCUCACUGGACAGUCCAGUUGACUUUUCUGAGGAAGAUUUUGACUUGUUUACGAGCACCCUUUGUACUAUUGAUUUGCAACAUUUACAGUUCUGAACAAAAAUGACAUCAAAACGCAUACGAGAACAAUCGAACUACAUCUUAUUGCAGUGUCAUGAAUGCUUCUCGACCGCAACAUUCCUAUAAUAAGACAGAAAAAGAGUGAAAAGAAACACUUACUACCUAAAGAGUUCUUUUUAAGAGAAAGAAAAACAAAAAAGGCGUGAAUCAAAGCCUACACGGAAAUAAAUUGUCCAUUAUUUUGAAAAUACGAUGAUGUAAUCUUUUUGAAUACACAUCGGGAUGGCCCUUUCGAAGUUUCAGGUAUUUUAUUGCCUUUUGAUUCUCGGAUUUUAGUUUAUGUCGACUAACAGAUUAAUGGUUGCGGACUUUUUCAGUGAAACUCAAUCAUUGGAAUCUCAGGAAUUGUGUCAGACAUAAGGGUAGUUGAACUGCUUUUAGGAAUUCUCCCAAGGCGGGCGUUGUCCCUAUUGAAUAAUUUUAGAACUAGUUUAUUUAUUGAGAUUCUUUAAUAGUAAAUUUCAAAUUUAUUUAUUGUACGUUAUUUUCAUAGUUGAAAUAAUAAAAAAUAAAAUAAAAAAAAAACAAAUAUACUGGAGCGAGUGUGAUUGAUUUUACUAAGGUUUAACGAAUUCUUUCAUUAGCUAAGAAUGUUUAAUAUUUUAAUACAAAUUAAGAUAUUAUUUUUACGAAUUUGUUCUUUCUCCUUGGUUUUGAUGUACUGAUGUAUGGUGAUGAAAUUACACAAUUCAGUCCGCAGGUUCAGUGAUUUUUUGGGGGGGAUUAUUAUUAACAGUAGAAUGCAAUUAUUAUUAUUAUUAUUAUUAUUAUUAUUAUUUUUAAUUUAUUACCAUAGUAUUUAUACUGUGAUGAUUGAUAAUCUGUGUUAUUCGUACAAGAGAGGUUUUUAACUGCAUAUGCUCAGGAAAAAAAAGAAUAGCCUAAGCCACUAAAACUUAUAGUAAAAUUGUAAAUAUUUCAAAAUGCUAGUUGCCCACAAUUCUUCGACGAGCCUUUUUAAAAAGAAUUCAACAAGAACAGUGAUUAUCAUUAAUCUGAAAAAAAAUGAAAACGUAUUUUUUUACAAAAUGGGCUGUGGUUGAUAACAUUACACGUAAAAAGCAGCAGCACUGAUAUUAUUUAUUAGAUGGAUGUGUAAAAAAAGGCGCAGGACAAGCUGCAGGAAGGGUCAAUCGGUUGACUGGGCUGUGGGCUCCCAUGGCUGCACCCUGAUGCAAAAUGGCGCUCGAAACACAAUGAAGGAUAUGAACAAUAAAGCGGCAGCCAUUAUGGAUAGUUUGGGCUGCAGCUGCGAGUGUGGUGCUCCGAGCUGACUCGUCGUCAGCAGAACCAUCAGUGUAGACAAGCACAGGCCAGAAAUAUAUCAGUUAAAGAUACGGAUUAUAAUUUUAUUACUAUUACUUUUUUUUUUUUUUUUUUUUUUAAAUAACUUGUAAUAUAUAUAUUGAACACCUUAUGUAACAGCUGAACCUAUCCCAAGCCCUUAUGGAGGAGAUAAUCUUACAAUUACAUGGUGGUUAUUUCAUGUAACAUAACUGCAACAAUAACAACAGUAAUUAUUAUUAUUAUUAUUAUUAUUAUUAUUAUUAUUAUUAUGUUGCACAUCCCUUCUCUAAAGUAAUAACUCAGAGUGUGAGAGUGAGACCUUAAAAGGCCUUGAUACAUAUUAUUGCCAACUGUCUUAUUCCUAUUUGCUUAUUUGUCUGCAUCACCCAGGUCAGAAUCAUGUUAUCUCUCUGUCAUUUAGCACUGAUGAAUGUGCAAGUAAAACAACAUUUCUUUAUAUUUUAAA